GGGUCCCCAGGGGAGCCCGGGCCCCGGCCGUUCCGCGGCAGCCGGGGAGUCCUGAGGGGUGUGGGGCUCCGAGGGCGUGGAGGGCCCGGUGGGCAGGGAAGCGGCGUGGGUGCCCGGGCGCCGCGGUGCUUCCUCGCCCCCGGCUGCUGGACUGCUGGCGUGGGGCCUGCCCCCGGGUCAGCGCCAGCCCGCGGGGCCCAGCACAUCCUCAGCCCGGGGAUGCGGGCCGCGAGGGGUGGCGCCCUGAGGCCUGUCCAGUUCCGAGUCGGAAGCGCCACCUGCCCUGCAGGAGCUCGGCAGGUGCAGCCAACAUGAGUGAGCCUGGGGGGUCAGUACGAAUCCUAGUGACCGGCGGAUCUGGACUGGUGGGCAGAGCCAUCCAAAAGGUGGUAGCAGAUGGAGCUGGGCUGCCUGGAGAGGACUGGGUGUUCGUCUCCUCCAAGGACGCUGAUCUCACGGACGCUGCACAGACCCGAGCCCUGUUUGAAAAGGUGCGGCCCACACACGUCAUCCACCUUGCUGCAAUGGUGGGGGGCCUGUUCCGGAAUAUCAAGUACAACCUGGACUUCUGGAGGAAAAACGUGCACAUCAACGACAACGUCCUGCACUCGGCCUUCGAGGUGGGCGUGUGUAAGGUGGUCUCCUGCCUGUCUACCUGCAUCUUCCCGGACAAGACCACCUACCCCAUCGAUGAGACUAUGAUCCACAAUGGGCCACCGCACAACAGCAAUUUUGGCUACUCCUACGCCAAGAGGAUGAUCGACGUGCAGAACAGGGCCUACUUCCAGCAGCAUGGCUGCACUUUCACCGCCGUCAUCCCCACUAACGUCUUUGGGCCCCACGACAACUUCAACAUCGAGGAUGGCCACGUGCUGCCCGGCCUCAUCCACAAGGUGCACCUGGCCAAGAGCAGCGGCUCUGCCCUGACGGUGUGGGGCACUGGAAAGCCACGGAGGCAGUUCAUCUACUCACUGGACCUGGCCCGGCUCUUCAUCUGGGUCCUACGGGAGUACAAUGAAGUGGAGCCCAUCAUCCUGUCAGUGGGCGAGGAGGAUGAGGUCUCUAUCCAGGAGGCGGCCGAAGCCGUGGUGGAGGCCAUGGACUUCCAUGGGGAGGUCACUUUUGAUACCACCAAGUCAGAUGGACAGUUUAAGAAAACGGCCAGUAACGGCAAGCUUCGGACCUACCUGCCUGACUUCCGGUUCACACCCUUCAAGCAGGCUGUGAAGGAGACCUGUGCCUGGUUCACCCACAACUACGAACAGGCCCGGAAGUGAGGCAGUGUGGGAGCAGGCGCCGGCUGCUCCCCGAUGCCCCGGAGGCAGCACCCUCAGACUCUGCGGGAGUGGAGGGCACUGCCUGGCAACCUGGGGCCAUGUUCUACUUGGCCAGGGCGGCUCUGGGCAUCUGUGCACUGGGCCCACCGUUCAUGUCUGUCCUCAGGGAAACCAAGGCCUGGCCAGGCCCAGCACCUUGCUCCCCAAACCAGUCCCGGGGUCCUGAGCGUGGCCCCUCCUGAUCCUUUUCUCCCAUUCCUUGGGAUCUAAUAAAGUCCACUUUCCCAGG